CUAAUUCUUAAUGGACUUUUUUUUACUAAUUUAGGAUGGAGUAAAGAGGCUUUAAAGAUUUCUUUAAAAUAUUUGAAUGGGGUAAAAUAUGGGAUGUUGUAUUUUAAAAGAUGAUAAUAAAUUGUUAAUGUUAACUAUACUUGCUGGAGAUGAAGGGGGAGGCUUUUUCUAUUGUUUGUUUAUUUUUCUUUUCUUUUUUUCCUAAUUUUUAUUUUUUUUAUCUUUUGCACUUUGCAUUACUUUUAUCUAUAUAAUAUAAAUCUAAUCCUUAAUAAAAUGAUUAUAAAACAAAAAGAAAGAAAAAAGAAAUAUACAGCUACAGUUAUAUUGGGAAGCACAACAUUAAAAUCUCAAAUUAAGUUCUGCUUUCAGUCAAGAGUGCUAUUAUUGUAGCUUUUAACAUACUUCAGCCAAGAACAGGUAAUGAAGGAUUGUUCAUCUUGCUAUGAAUCCUAGCAAUUGGGAGCAGCAACAUUUGCAAAAAAAAAAAAAAAAAAAAAAGGGAAGAUGCUGGUCAAAGUCCUUCAGCAAGACCUUGCUUGCUGGACGAGCAAUUUCGAGAUCAAAUAUUCUCUCGACCAGGAACAGGUUCGAGGUCGGAAUUUCUUUGCCAUUGUAAUUGCUUGAGGUGGGAUGGGGGCAGAGAUCGGCUUCUAACGCUAACCAUUAAACCAUUUUGUUUCCCCCACGGCCUAGAGGCCGGAGGAACCCAAAGCAACCGGACCUAGUUCAGAGAAGUGUUAAAAGGAGACUGUCUCCCUGAAACGAGAAGGGCGCCAAAAGAGGCAGCCGCGCAGCUGAAGCCCGACAAUUAUGGGUGGAGCUGCAAGUCACUCUCUGCCUCGAGCGCUGCCUGGUGCUGGCAAACGAGGGAAAGGCAGAGUGGAAAGGGAGGGGGGAACCCCCUCUUUAGCCCCUUGAACGCUGCUGGAGGGCGGACGCGCGCAGGGAAGAGGGAGGGGAAGGGAGGAGCACAUCCUUAUGCAGAGAUGCUGCAGUGGCUCAGGGCGCGCACACACAACACGGGCAAGCGGGCAGCAGCGGCGGCAGUUGCAACAGCAGGAGGUGGAGGUGGUAGAGGAGGAGGAAGAGGAGGAGAAGGAGGAGGAACAGGGAAAGGCUCACCUGCAAAGGGAGGACCGGCAGCAGAGCGAGAUGCGUUUGCUGCUGCGCCGGAGCUUCUGAGGCGUUCCUUGCCCCGGCGCGCCACGCACAAACACGUGCCGAUCCAGCCACUCUGUGCCUGAGAUUCACACUCUGUUCUUCUGUUUGCUGAAUUGUCUUUCACCUACUGAAGCCUACAAAUGGGAAAGUCUGCAGAACUUCUCUUAUUUUCAUUAGUAACAAUCUCUUCUACAGUCUGGAAGUCAGCUGAGACUAUGAUGAGAAACUAUGGGCCUGUCUUUGAAGACCAGCCACACAAUAUCCUUUUUCCAGAAUGGUCAACAGAGGAGCAAAUUUUGUUGGUAUGCCGAACACGAGCGAGUCCUCCUGCAAAUUACAGGUGGAAGAUGAAUGGAACAGAGAUCAAAAUAGAGCCAGAUUCACGAUACAGGUUAAAUGGUGGCAACUUGGUAAUAAGAAACCCAAUGACAGCUAAAGAUGCUGGAUCCUACCAGUGCAUAGCAUCCAACUCCAUGGGCACAAUAAUAAGUAGAGAAGCUCAUGUUCGCUUCAGCUAUCUGCAGGAAUUCUCUACAGAAGAACGAGAUCCAGUGAGGGCUACAGAGGGCUGGGGGGUGAUGUUGACGUGCAGCCCACCACCACACUAUCCAGGACUUGAAUAUCGCUGGUUAGUGAAUGAUUUCCCAAACUUCAUUCCAGCAGAUGGCAGGCACUUCAUCUCUCAGACAACCGGAAACCUUUACAUUGCUAAGACUGAGGCUUCUGAUGUUGGCAGCUACUCCUGUUUUGCUACGGGCCAUAUUGGCUCUGUUAAAAGGAAUGUUUUUAGCACGUCUUCUCAACUCGUUCUUGUAAGAGAAGUGAGGCUAGGGGAGGAUGUUAUUUCUGUGACUGACAGGAAAAGAUCAUUAAAUGAAGCCUAUGGAUAA